AUGCCGUGGCGACAGGGCAGCCCUGGCAUGGGUGUGCAUGUGGGCACAGCCCUGGGAGUGCUGUGGUUCUGCCUCACAGGAGCCCUGGAAGUCCAGGUCCCAGAAGACCCGGUGGUGGCCCUGGUGGGCACCAACGCCACCCUAUGCUGCUCCUUCUCGCCCGAGCCCGGCUUCAGCCUGGCGCAGCUCAACCUCAUCUGGCAGCUGACAGACACCAAACACCUGAAGAGUCCCUGCCGCUCCUCACUGCCCCAUCCCUCUGACCCGCCCCCAGGAGCCGUGGAAGUCCAGGUCCCAGAAGACCCGGUAGUGGCCCUGGUGGGCACCAACGCCACCCUAUGCUGCUCCUUCUCUCCUGAGCCCGGCUUCAGCCUGGCGCAGCUCAACCUCAUCUGGCAGCUGACAGACACCAAACAGCUGGUGCACAGCUUCGCCGAGGGCCGGGACCAGGGCAGCGCCUAUGCCAACCGCACGGCGCUCUUCCCUGACCUGCUGGCGCAGGGCAACGCGUCCCUGAGGCUGCAGCGUGUGCGUGUGGCGGACGAGGGCAGCUUCACCUGCUUCGUGAGCAUCCGCGACUUUGGCAGCGCUGCGGUCAGCCUGCAGGUGGCCGCCCCCUACUCGAAGCCCAGCAUGACCCUGGAGCCCAACAAGGACCUCUGCCUGGUGCGCAACCCGGUGCUGAAGCAGGACGCACAUGGCUCUGUCACCAUCACAGGGCAGCCCAUGACAUUCCCCCCCGAGGCCCUGUGGGUGACUGUGGGGCUGUCUGUCUGUCUUGUCGCACUGCUGGUAGCCCUGGCCUUUGUAUGCUGGAGAAAGAUCAAACAGAGCUGUGAGGAGGAGAAUGCAGGAGCUGAGGAUCAGGAUGGGGAGGGAGAAGGACCUAAGACAGCCCUGCAGCCUCUGAAGCGCUCUGAAAGCAAAGAAGGUCCAAGAGGCUGCUCCAGCUCCCAGGCCACUCCAGAGGAAGGGGAAGAUGAUGGACAAGAAAUUGCCUGACUGUGAGGACAGGGAGCUGCUGCCCCUGCCCUGGGUCUCCCAUCCUCUGGCUGCACUGGGGCCUCACUGUGAUCCCUGCCCCCAACAGAUGGGCCCUCCUCUGGCAGGUCUAUUCAGUCUCCAAAGGAUGCAAUACAUAGACCACCCUGCAGCCAUAUUUCUGCAAUGGACAUGAUUCCCAAGUCAUCCUGCUGCCUUAUUUCUUAUGGACACGCUACACAGACCACCCCACCACCUUAUUUUUCCAGGUUGUCCUGCUGCCUUAUCUUAUUUCUCCAGUGACACGAUACAUGAAUCAUCCUGCUGCCUUAUUUCUUAUGGACACAAACCCCACCACCCUAUUCCUCCGAUGUUACAUGGACCAUCUGGCUGCUUUUUCUUUCCAAAGAACUCAAUACUCAGACUGACCCCCUGCCUUAUUUCUCUGAAGACAGGAUACACAGUCAUCCGUUGCCUUGUUUCUCCGGUGGCCCUGAUACACCGGUUAUCAUUUUUCAACCCUUUUACACCCACCUGCAUAUAAUCCCAUCUCCUCAGACAGAGACGCUGCAGCCUCAGCACCUCCUUGAGUCUAGAGGCCGUAUCUUCCUGCCACCUCCUGUGCUGGCCCUAACGUUUGCUCCCCACUCCCCGCCAAGUGAAGACAGGCACUCCCUCCACCACACGCACAGGUAUGCAGAGACAUGCAGGUGCAUGUGCUGGAACAUGUAAGGACACCCCCCCACCAGCUCAGUCUCCUUGGUCACGCCCUGGGCUGUGCCCUGUGAGGCCCUCUCUGCCCACCCUCCCCAUGGGAAGCAUGUGCUGGUCACACUGGUUCUCAGGGUGUCUGCAGUGGGGUCUCUGGGGAUCAGCUUCUAUCCCUCUGCUUUUCCCUCUGUUGAAACUUCUGUUCCUUUCCUUUUGCUUAUCCAUCAAAUUAAUGUGUAUUGAGCAACAAUGGGGUGUUGGCCAUGUGUUAGGUGCCAGGGGCCCUGUGGGAGAAAGCACCCCUCCCUCAAGGAUCUCACCAUCCAGCUGGGAAACAGACACUAACUGGGCUACAGCUGGCGUUCCCUGCGCCCUCCUCUUCUAUGCCUGAAGCUUUCUGGAUACCUCCCCCCAUCUCAUCCCGAAUCCCAGCCCAGAGCAUGUGGUGCGGGCAGCAACCUGGAGAGAGGGUCAUAGCCACUUGCCACAACUGGAGAAUCUGAUGGUUCUUUCCAGGCGUGAGCAGGUGGUUAGGUGGCCAAGGUCCCCCUAGACCUUGGAUAGCAGCAGUGUAUGUGAAGCCUGGGGCAGGGCCAGGAGGGUUUUGGGGACACAGAGGGGACUGCCCCACCGCCAUGGUGCUAUUCUGGGGUGGGGCCGACACCUCCUGGCUUGUCUCUGGCCGGCACCCAGCCUCCAGUAGAGUAGAACUUCUGAUGUCUUAUGUCCUCCUGACGGCGUCUCUCCCUACCCCAGGAAUGGAAGACAUGAGCAUUUCUAAUUUAAAUGUGGGACUCUGAGGAAUUUUGUAAACUGGGGGUGUAUUUUGGGAAAAAUAAAUACCUUUGUAAAAAACUU